AUGCCGUUCAACCAGCUUCAGCGCCGGGACUCCUGGCCUCCUACGGUCCUCCGUCUACAUGACGAAGACCAUGACGAUGAAGACUUUGAUCUCUCCGACAUGGAUGAAAACCCCUUCUCCUUCUUCCUGACGUCGCCUGAAGACCUCGAUGAUUCAGACGAGGAUCUCUCCGCCGGCAUCGAGACAUCAUCCUCUUUCAAGCCCACAAUCCGAGAAGUCUCUCCCUCAUCCCUUCAGCGGGUCCCUUUACCAGAAUCUUCCUCCGACGAGGACGAUGAUCCUGCGCUCGAGAUGCCUUUGACCCUCAGGACCUUCACGCUCCUCCAUACGAGCGGGAGGAAGUCGCGCACAGGACAUCAUAAAUCUUUAGGAACAGGGUUAGGCAUAUCUAUUCCGGAGAAUGUAGCCCUGAGGGGUAGAUCGAGGGUUAAACUCUCUCCUACCAGAAGUGGACAUGGAAGGGGAUCAGGGAGGACGAGGGCGAGGAGCUUGGGCGCGAGAAGGCCGCAGAGCUGGAGGUUGCCCAGCCCGGAUAUUUGGUCUAUUGAAGAAGAGAGGGAGGAUGAUGCUGGGAAUGAAGGGACUUCGAAUGGCGGGGAAGUGACCGAAUCUCCCCUGCCGACCAUUCAUGUUACAGAGCCAUCGCCAACUGAGGAACCAGCCAAAGAGCUGCCGAGUCCACCGAAGAAGAAGAAGAGAGUGCAUUGGUCAUUUUAA